AUGAAGCGCAAACUCGACGAAAACGACGAGCCUGCCAUCGUUCCUGAGGCCAAUCAAUCCCAGGAACCACCUGCCGAUGCAGAGGCAGAAACGACCUUUGCAGACCUUGGCCUUGAUGCUCGCCUCGUUCAGGCCAUUGCAAAGCAGGCAUUCCAGAAACCUACAUUAGUCCAACGCAAGGCCAUACCUUUGGCGAUAGAUGGGAAGGAUGUGUUGGCCAAAGCCAAGACUGGAUCCGGCAAGACGGCCGCUUAUGUACUACCAGUGCUUCAAUCCGUAUUGAAGCGGAAACAGACCGACUCUACACCAUCCACUACCGCGUUGAUCCUCGUCCCGACUCGCGAGCUAGCCGACCAGGUAUUCAAGGCCAUUGAACUGUUCUCCGCCUUCUGCGCAAAAGACGUCCAGGCGGUCAAGCUGUCCGACAAACUCUCAGACGCCGUGCAGCGAUCCCUCCUCUCGGCCUUCCCCGACAUUGUCAUCUCGACCCCCGCAAGGGCAUGGCAAAACAUCGACUCCGGCGCACUGGUCGUGGACAAGCUGACCCACCUAGUCCUGGACGAGGCCGACCUCGUGCUGUCGUAUGGCUACGACGAAGACCUGCAAAACGUGGCGCGGAUUCUCCCGAAAGGCGUGCAGAAGAUCUUGAUGAGCGCCACACUAACAGCCGAGGUCGACGACUUGAAGGGGCUCUUCUGCCGGGACCCAAUGCUCCUCGACCUGGAGGAAAAGGAUGCAGAAGGAGAGGGAGUCAGCCAAUAUGUGGUCAAGUGCGCAGAAGAUGAGAAGUUUCUACUAGCCUACGUUAUUUUCAAGCUUCAGUUGAUCAAGGGCAAGUGCAUCAUAUUUGUUUCGGACAUUGACCGAUGCUAUCGACUCAAGCUCUUCUUUGAGCAGUUCGGCAUCCGAAGCUGUAUCCUUAAUUCAGAAUUGCCCGUCAACUCGAGGAUACACGUCGUCGAGGAGUUUAACAGAAACGUGUACGACAUCAUUAUCGCCUCGGAUGAGCAUGAGGUGCUUGGUGACGAGGACCAGGUAUCGGAGGAGAAAGAAGGCGUGAGCGAGGCUGACGGUGCCGCCAAGAAGUCAGGGAAGAAGGAUAAGGAGGAUCGGCAGCAGAAGAAGCGGAGGAAAACAUCCAAGAACAAUGACUACGGUGUCUCACGAGGCAUCGACUUCAAGAAUGUGGCUUGUGUUGUCAAUUUCGACCUUCCCACAUCCUCCAAAUCAUACACUCACAGAAUUGGCCGGACAGCGAGAGGAGGUCAGACAGGUAUGGCGCUGUCAUUUGUCGUUCCCAAGGAACACUAUCGGAAACAUAUGCCCACCACGGUUGAAACGGCAGAAAAUGACGAGAAGAUCCUAGCCAGGAUCAUCAAACAACAAACCAAAAAGGGGAAGGAGGUCAAGCCGUACGACUUCGAUAUGAAGCAAGUUGACGCAUUCCGUUACAGGAUGAACGAUGCUCUUCGAGCGGUUACCAAAGUAGCAAUCAGAGAAGCACGGACUAGAGAGUUGAGGCAGGAGCUUUUGAAGAGCGAGAAGCUCAAGCGUCACUUUGAAGAGAACCCGGCAAUGUUGCAUCACCUCCGUCACGAUGGCGAGCUCCGGACAGCUCGUAGUCAGGCGCAUCUGAAACAUGUGCCAGACUACCUGCUUCCUAAGGAAGGGAAGAAGGCUCUUACUGCGGACGAGAUUGGAUUCGUUCCUUUGAGGAAGCUGGACAAGAAGGACCGCAACAAGUCGAAGUACUUCAAGAAGGGGAAGGGGACCAAGGCGGGUGGAAGAAAAUCAGAUCCGCUCCGGACCUUCAAGGCAAGGCGGAAGACGAAGUAA